UUUUUUUUUUUUUUAAAAAAAACACACACACACACACUCUCUCUCUCUCUUGUAUAUAUUAUACACACUCACAUAUCAUUUAUAUUUAUAUACACGCAUAGUAUUUGUAUUUAGAAAAUGAAGUUCUCCAUUGCUGCUAUUUCCGCUCUUAUCCUUUCGUCUGCUAUUUCUUUCACAACAGCAGAUUCUUAUUCGGAUGCUAUUAAGGCAUGGUGUGGUCUUAAAGUGACUGCUCCUACUGCUUCAACUGUUGUUGUUGCUGGCCAAAAGACAAAGAUUACAGUUACUAGAAAAGCUAGUGAUAAACACACAAAAACAAUUACUGGUCUCGAUUUAUACUCUGUCUCAAGCACUGGUAAAGCUAGUUAUGUUCAAAAUGUCUGGAAGGGAAGUUAUGCCUUAAAGAAAUCUGCUAGUAUUACUGACACUGUCCCAAAAAAUAUUCCUGCUGGUCUCUAUUAUUACCGUGUUUGGAUUACUAACAUGAUUGACGGUCAACAUGGUCCAGACUGUCUCGAAACUUCCCACACCUUUAAGGUUACUACAAGCUCUCAUACAAAUGCUGCUGGUGAAACUGAAUAUGCUGAAUAUCUUCAUGAUGAUAGUAUCUAUCCUGAAAAUCAUUAUAAUGGUUGCUUCGGUCUUAACGUUGACUAUCCUUCAGCUGGUAGCACUUUCAAUACAAAUGAACAUGUUCUUAUUCAACUUAAUCGUGAUAGUGCUUCUCAAACUGGUGAAGUAACCAAGGUUGAACUUUAUAAGGGUGACAAAUUAGUUAAUACUGUUUGGCAAGGUUCUGAAUUAUUCCAAAGCUCUUUCAAUUUGAAAGAUCAUUUAGCAUUGAAUAAUGUUGACCCUAAUGCUGAAUAUCAUUACAAGAUUUAUACUACUAGUACUACUGGUGAUAAUACUUGUACUUUCAAAUCUAACAGUUUCAAGAUUCAACAAUCUUAGAUUAUAUGUGUAUUUGUGUAAACUUAUACUGUAUAAAAAGAAAAAAGAAAAAAAAAUAACUCAAUAAAAGCUGUUAUCAUAUCCCCCACACACACACACACUCACUCACACUCACCUCUUUUCCCUUCCUCUUUUUUUUUUAUUAUUAUUAUUAUUAAAAUUAAAAUGAUUUUUCAUAUCUUUCUUGGGCAAGACGCCAUUGUCUAUCUUUUCUAGUUUCAUUAUGAAUGAUGGCAUGUUGUUGAGAACCUAGACCUGAUCUAUCAAGUUGACUUGUGGGCAUUAAAGGCUCCAAGAUACCACUUUGGUUUUUACCAAGUCUUUGACCUUCUUGCCAACCUAAUUUUUGUA